AUGCCAAGGCCUCUUCCAGUCUCACAGCUGCUUCUUCCCCUGGUGCUGCAGGUGAUCCAUGAUGCGACUACUUUUUCUAGCCUCAAUGCUACCACUUCCGCUGCUGUGGCUGAUGCUGGUGUGAGCACUGCUGCUCGUGCUGCUGGUGGUUAUCCUACCUUUGCUGCCUCAGGUGGUGCAUUUGCUACUUUGCUCCUCGGUGCUGCUGUUGCCAGGGCUUCACCACUCAAGCCCCCAGCUCCCUUUCCCUUCAAAUGGUCUAGCAAAGCAAUAGACCUACAAGGAAGAACAAGCAGAGUGGAAACUGCUUCUUCCGGUGCUACUGUCUCCUCUGCUUUGGCUAUUGCAGCAGCAACUGCUUCUACGUGUGUCAGCUGGAAAUUUUACUUGGUGGAGGUGGUGGUGGAGGUGGAGGAGGAGGAGGAGGAGGAGGAGGAGGAGGAGGAGGAGGAGGAGGAGGAGGAGGAGGAGGAGGAGGAGGAGGAGGAGGAGGAGGAGGAGGAGGAGGAGGAGGAGGAGGAGGAGGAGGAGGAGGAGGAGGAGGAGGAGGAGGAGGAGGAGGAGGAGGAGGAGGAGGAAGAAGAAGAAGAAGAAGAAGAAGAAGAAGAAGAAGAAGAAGAAGAAGAAGAAGAAGAAGAAGAAGAAGAAGAAGAAGAAGAAGAAGAAGAAGAAGAAGAAGAAGAAGAAGAAGAAGAAGAAGAAGAAGAAGAAGAAGAAGAAGAAGAAGAAGAAGAAGAAGAAGAAGAAAGGGGGUAG